GCCUUUAUUCUUAGCUCACCAGUCUCUGCCUGGCUCCAGCACACCCACGACAGCGCUCUCCCUGAAGCCCUCCGGUGCAAGCUUUGCCUGGAGGACACUGUGAUGUCCUUGCUGCAUCACAAUGGGGCUGCGAGCAGAGCAGGGCCCAGCGGCCAGGUCCCCAGCCCGGCUGGCCUGGCUCAGGCACGCGUGCAGCAUGAAGUACCCCCUUGUGCCACUGGUGAACAACCUCACGUUUUCUUUCCUGGUUUUCUGGCUCUGCCUGCCCGUGGGUUUACUGUUGUUCCUACUGAUCGUCUGGCUACGGUUCUUACUUAGCCAAGAUUCCGAGGAGGAUGACUCGGACGUGUGCUUCGACUGGGAGCCCUGGAGCAAAGGCCCGGCCGAGUUCGGCUGGGAGGAGGCGGCGCUCUCCUGUGUGCCGGAUAACUGGUGGGUGCAAAGCACGGCUCAGCACGCAGUGGAGGCUCAAGACCUCCAAGGAAGGAACUACUAGCAUCUGUAAGAAUAAGCCCUUGUUGUGCAUCGGGGCAUAAUAGGUACCGGCGCUUGCGCUAGGCGUCUCCCCUGCUCCAACGCAUUUGUGGACUCAUGAAGAGACGGUUUUCUUACCUCCAUUUCUAAGUGAGAAUUGUGCUGUCGGUGUCAGAGCAGCUAAAUAAUUUGUCCAAACAGAGCACUCGUGCUCUCUGUCUCUCUUUUUAAAGAUUUAUUUUAUUUGAAGGCCUGUGCCGCGGCUCACUAGGCUAAUCCUCCGCCUGCGGCGCCGGCACACCGGGUUCUAGUCCCGGUCGGGACGCCGGAUUCUGUCCUGGUUGCCCCUCUUCCAGGCCAGCUCUCAGCCGUGGCCAGGGAGUGCAGUGGAGGAUGGCCCAAGUGCUUGGGCCCUGCACCCCAUGGGAGACCAGGAGAAGCACCUGGCUCCUGCCAUCGGAUCAUCGUGGUGCGCCGGCCGCAGCACGCUGGCCGUGGCGGCCAUUGGAGGGUGAACCAACGCGAAAGGAAAACCUUUCUGUCUA